AUGAAUAUCGCGCAGCCGAUCUCGUCCGGGGUCGAGAGCGUCGAAUUCACCUUCCUGUCGCCAAAGGAAAUCCGAGCAAUCUCUGUGAAGAGAAUUGAAAACGACAGCACCUUCGACAAUCUCCUCAAUCCUGUACCUGGUGGUCUAUAUGAUCCUGCUCUUGGAUCCUGGGGCGAUGCGCCGUGUACAACAUGUAAUCUGAACCAGGCCACCUGUCCCGGCCAUCCCGGCCAUAUCCAGCUUCCCGUCCCAGUGUAUCACCCCAUCUUCAUGGACCAGGCUUAUCGACUCUUGAAGGCGACUUGUGUCUACUGCAAGGGAUUCCGACUUCCUCAAAAGGAGCUUCACAAAUAUAUGUGCAAGCUUAAGCUUCUCCAACAUGGCUUGAUCCAAGAAGCACAUAUGGUCGGCGUUAUUGGCGAAAACGACCUGGCUAUCGAACUCGGAAACUUCUCUGAAUUCGAGAGCGAAGCCGAAGAAGAAGGCGCCAGCAGUUCGAUCGACAACGUGACUCGCGCAAGAGACAAGUAUGUUGAUAAGUGUCUUCGCGGUGUCAAGAUUAAGCGCGGCGAUGCGAAGAGAGGAAAGCACGAAGGCUCAAGCGAAAUGCGCCGUGAGGUCAUUAAAGAAUUCCUUGCAGAGAUCACCAAGCGAAGACUUUGCGCCAACUGUAACGGCAUCUCACCCUCAUACCGCAAGGAUCGAUUCGUCAAGGUCUUUGAGAGAUCUCUAUCCGACAAGGAAAAGGCCAAGAUGGCCCAAAAGAACUUGAGGCAAUCUGAUGCCAUGUCCAGAGUUCAGCAGCAGGCCACAACAAAACAAAAACUUGACGGAUACUCCUCUGACGAGGGUGUGGCAGAUGUCGUUUCCCCCACUCUUGAGAAGUCGCAACUUGUCGGAGAUGAUGCCGAGCAAGACACAGAGAUGAUGGAUGUCGAUGAAACCCCGGCAUUUUCUGCUUCACAGCGAUAUAUCAGUGCCAUGGAGGUUCACGCCCGUCUGAGCGAGCUAUUCACUAAGGAGCAAGACUUGAUCUCACUCGUGUACAACGCAAAACCCGCAACGAGAAGCUCAAAGAAGGUCACUCCCGACAUGUUCUUUUUGACGACCAUCUUAGUUCCUCCCAACCGCUACCGUCCCGAAGCCCGAACAGGCGAGUCCGAGAUUUCUGAAGCCCAACAAAACUCUCUUUACAAAAACAUCCUUCGAGGCUGCGGAACAAUCGCCCGACUGCACAAGCAACUGAAGGAGGAGAAUGCCGAUGUCAAUCAGCUGCAUCAGGCGUGGACGGAACUACAGGAGUCGAUCAACUCACUCAUCGAUAAGGACAAGAACCCCGUUCAAGGUGCUGCUGCGAAGCGCAAUGAGGAUGGUAUCAAGCAGAAGCUCGAAAAGAAGGAAGGUCUCUUCCGAAAGAACAUGAUGGGUAAGCGUGUCAACUACGCCGCCCGAAGUGUUAUUUCUCCCGAUCCCAACAUCGAAACCAACGAAAUCGGUGUGCCGCCCGUUUUUGCGAAGAAGUUGACAUACCCUGAGCCUGUCACAAGCCACAACUUCCGAGACAUGCAACAAGCAGUUAUUAAUGGUGUUGACAAAUGGCCCGGUGCUUUCGCGAUCGAAAACGAGAAUGGCCAAAUUGUCAACCUUCGUAACAAGUCGGUUGAUGACCGUGUGUCUCUGGCUAAUCAGCUCCUUGCUCCCACAAGCAGCAACGCUGCUCGCACCAAGAACAAGAAGGUCUACCGACAUCUUACCAACGGUGAUGUCGUCUUGAUGAACCGACAGCCGACACUCCACAAGCCGUCUAUCAUGGGUCACAGAGUUCGUGUCCUGCCAGGUGAAAAAACGAUUCGCAUGCACUACGCCAACUGUAACACCUACAACGCCGAUUUCGAUGGAGAUGAAAUGAAUAUGCAUUUCCCCCAGAACGAAGUUGCUCGAGCAGAAGCUCUCCAAAUUGCUGAUACCGACCACCAAUAUCUUUCUGGCACAGCUGGAAAGCCUCUCCGAGGUCUUAUCCAGGAUCAUAUUUCAGUCUCCGUUGGCCUCUGUAACCGCGAUACCUUUUUCACCAAGGGCGACUACCAGCAGUUGGUCUACAAUGCACUGCGACCCGAAAGCGGUCACAUCGUCGGCGAGAGGAUUGAGCUUGUUGCUCCAGCCAUAAUCCGACCUGUUCCCAGGUGGACCGGAAAACAAGUCAUCACUACCAUCCUGAAGAACAUGCAGCCUCCCAACUGCGGUGGCCUUUGCAUGAAGUCUCAGACGCAGCUCAAGUCCAGUCAGUGGGGUAAAGAUUCUGAGGAAGGCACUGUACUGUUCCAGGAUGGCGAGUUCAUCACCGGAAUUCUGGACAAGUCGCAAAUCGGUCCUAGCUCUGGCGGUAUCAUUCACGCUGUUCAUGAAAUUUAUGGUCCUACCGUUGCGGGCAAGCUUCUUAGCAGCCUGGGAAGAUUACUCACGAGAUACCUUAACAUGAGGGCUUUCUCAUGUGGUAUGGACGAUUUGAGACUCACACGAAAGGGUGAACAAGCCCGACGAGCAGCGCUCAAACCUGCCGACAAUGUAGGAAUUGAGGUUGCAUCUACCUACACUUCACUUACGGAAACUACUCGUCCUAACGACCCUUUGCUUCUGGAGCGUCUUGAAGAAGCAAUGCGCGACGACAAGAAACAGGAAGGCCUUGAUAUGCUGAUGAAGGAACGCCUCAGUAAGGUCACAGACGGUAUCGAAAAAGCUACUAUGCCACACGGUCUGGAAAAGGCUUUCCCCUUCAAUCAGAUGCAAGCAAUGACAACCUCUGGUGCAAAGGGAUCCAGAGUCAAUGCCAAUCUGAUUUCUUGUAACCUGGGUCAGCAGGUUUUGGAAGGUCGCCGUGUUCCAAUUAUGGUCAGCGGCAAGUCGUUGCCCUGUUUCAGCCCAUUUGAGACUCAUGCUCGAGCUGGUGGUUACAUUGUACAGCGUUUCCUUACAGGUAUUCGCCCUCAGGAGUACUACUUCCAUCAUAUGGCUGGUCGAGAAGGUCUGAUUGAUACUGCUGUCAAGACAUCACGUUCCGGUUAUCUGCAGAGAUGUGUCAUCAAGGGUAUGGAAGGCCUGACUGUCGCUUACGAUACCACCGUAAGAGACGCCGAUGGCUCCAUGAUCCAGUUCCUGUACGGCGAGGAUGGUCUUGAUGCUUGCAAACAAAAAUACUUGGAAGAUUUCAGCUUUAUCUUGGAGAAUGUCACUUCGGAGGCUGCCCAGCUCCGAUACGACCCCAGCGUCGGAGAACGCCUAGGAAUGCAUCGCGAGGCCAUUACCAAGUACAUGAAGAAGGCUCUCAAGCACACCAAUAUCAAUGACCCCAAGGCUAAGGACCUGAAGUACAUGAAGAACAUCCAUGACCCCAAGACUCAGGACCCGAUCUCGAAUCACUUUAACCCCGCCACCACCGCAUUCGCUACUUCUGAGAAAUUUUUCUGGGAAAUGACCAAAUAUCUCAAGGAGAACAAGGAUGGCCUUGUCCGUGACAAGUCUGACAAGAACAAACAGGCGCUCUCGCGCGUGAGUCUGAACAAGAAGAACGCGGAGAUGCUUUUUGCAAUGAAAUACCUGCGCUCUCUCGUCGAGCCUGGAGAAGCGGUCGGUAUCGUGGCAGGCCAAUCUGUUGGAGAGCCUUCGACACAGAUGACACUAAACACUUUCCAUUUGGCUGGUCACUCUGCCAAGAACGUCACACUCGGUAUUCCUCGACUACGAGAAAUUCUCAUGACCGCUAGCGACAAGAUUUCCACCCCAGCCAUGUCGAUUUACCCUAUUGAGGAGAUGUCCGUGGAGGAUGCGAAGAUCUUUGCCAAGUCCAUCUCAGUAUUGCCUCUUGGCUACAUUCUCGACAGUAUCCAUGUCGAAGAGAAGGUUGGCCAAGGCAAGCUUUAUGGCUCAGCCAAGAUCUAUUCGAUCGACCUCAAGUUCUUUGACUCAAAGGAGUACACCGAGACUUAUGCCAUCAAAAUUUCAGACGUUGUUAAUGCAGUGGAGAAGAAGCUCCUACACCGAUUGCUGUCCCUUGUGAAGAGGGAUAUCAAGAAGCGACAAACCCAUUCUACAAUGGCCACUCCCGAGAUUGGUGUGAAGGCUGGUGUUGUGGAGACAGCUGCUCCUAACGCCGAGGCUGCCGGCAAUUUCGACGAGGACGACGAUGAAGAAGGCGACGAUGACGCGACAAAUGCCAAGCAGCGAGCCAACAGGAGCGAGGCAGUGUCGUAUGGUCCUAAUGACGAUGAUGAUGAUGCCGUACAAGAGGAGAUGAGCCGCGACGCUGCUGAUGCUGACCUUGAUGAUGAGGGCUUCGGCGGUAGCCAAAGGCAGGCGGGCGACGAAGAGGAUGAGGAGGACAGCGGUGCCGUCAACUGGGGUGCCAAGAUGCGAACCGACCGUGUUCUUGAGCAAUACGAUGAGGUCACGGAUUUCACAUUCAAUGAGAAGAAUGGAAUCGACUGCAGCUUCACACUUGAGUUUGACUCGGCCAUUCCCAAAAUCCUUAUGCUCAACCUUGUCCAAGAUGCUGUCAAGAAGACCGUGAUCCAAGAGAUCUCUGGUGUCAGAUCCUGCGACUUCCAUGAGGAGAAAAAGGACAAUAAGACGAUCAGAGUCAUCCACACAGAAGGUGUCAACUUGCAGGCUAUGCAGCGAUACAGCGAUUUCAUCGACCCCAAUCGUAUCCAGACCAACGACAUCGCAGCUGUCUUGGAGGUUUACGGUGUCGAGGCAGCUCGACAGAACAUUGUGCAGGAGCUGGCUGGCGUCUUCGGCUCUCACGGCAUCAAGGUCGACAACCGCCACUUGAACCUGAUCGGUGACCACAUGACAAGGAACGGUGGUUUCACACCAUUCAACCGAAUGGGUCUCAAGGGCAACGUCAGUCCGUUUACCAAGAUGAGUUUCGAGACGACAUUGGGAUUCCUCAAGGAUGCUGUGUUGGAUGGUGACUGGGAUGAUCUCUCUACACCUAGCGGUCGGUUGGUGAUGGGCAGACUUGGAAAGGUUGGCACUGGUGGUUUCGAUGUUUUGGCGCAGCUUCCUACAUAUCAUGUUGAUUCUCUGGCGUAA